UCGACACAUAACAAGCAUUCAUCCUUACACUUAUGUACAUUAGUCUCUUCACACGCGGGUCUACACAGCAACCAAAAUUGUUUGAAAGAUGAGUUCCAGCGACACCGGGACAGGCGGCUGUGGAAUAUGCCAGAGAAAAGUCUCGGAAAAAGGACGAAGAAAGCUCCGCUUGGCCUUGCUCUCCUUAAUCAUAAUAUCAUUCGUUGGCGCCACCGUUGGCGCCGAGGAUGCAGGCAAAGGUGGAAAUAGCUCGGGUUCGGGAUCGGAUAUUCCUGCGGAUUAUUGGCGCGUGGGCUACGAGGGACACGGCACAACGCACGAGCAGGUGGGACAGGCGCACUUUCCUCCCGUGACCUACACCAAAUUCAAUGCGUUCUUGAACUAUUCGCACGAUCCGACAUCGACCACAAAAGCCGUGACUCCCAUUUACAAUUUCACGCACUAUAUCUUUGACGCGGUGAUGACCGAUGAGCCUGCCCUGCCGCCCGGCUACGUUGGUGUGAUGAAGGAGAACGUUUUGGUACUUGGACGUAAUGUGGAGCGGAACGAGUGGUCACUGCUGAUGAGUCGUUACUGGCUGGUGCUUUUCUUUGUGAUAUUCAUCUUGUCUGCGAUCAUUUCCAUACCAUUCAUUGCUGUCUGUUAUUGCUGCUUCUGCUGCUGUCUACGAUGCAAGCAGGGCUGUGUCAAGUGCAUGGCUGCGACGGACCGCAGGCGGCGCCUGUGUUGCGGAUUUUGCCUCUUUGUGAUUAUUAUUGGAAUGAUCGUCGGCCUCGCCAUUGCGUUUGUGACGAACAAAUUCUUGGAUCGUGGAUUGGAGCAGUCGAGAGUGACAAUGCGACGCAGCAGCGAGGAUACUUGUACCUUUUUGACGAAUAUCGCCGACCAUGUCCACCAUCUGUUGGUGUUCAACUUUCAGGAACUGGAGACGCAUCUCGUUGAGCAGAUAAACGACGCGCAUAAUCACAUCUUCCUGGACAUGGCUGAUGCCUCGGAUGGUAAUGCUUUGAUGGAACUGGAGCGCAUACUGGACAAUAUUCAGGAUGCACUGCCAAAGAUGAAGCAAUUGGAUUAUCUGGAGAAGGAGCUGCGCUUCUACACCUCACAACUCCGAGACUCGGUGCGAGGCCUAAAACGAGACAUGACCUACACCAUAACCCAUUUUUGUGGCAAUACCAAGAAGCGUUGUCAUGAAACCAUGAUAGAGCAUAGCGUUCUAUAUAUUGACACAUCAACAUGCCUGCACUUGGACGAGGUGCCAAACACCACAGUCUAUGUGGAAGCCAUGGAGAUGAUUAUCAAGAAGAGAUACAACCUAAUACCGAAGAGGGGCUUGGUUCGAUUUAACGCGAUUCGCGACAAGAUCGCGGAGCAGAUGAAACACGUGGGUCCGCCGCUCAAACGAUACAUUGCCACUGGGCAUGCAACCUUCGACGAUCACGCCUUAAGUAUACGCAACAUGAUCGACGCAAUGAUCAGUGAUAUACACUUGAACACCUUACGAUCCGCAAAGACAUUCGACGAUGUCUAUGAAAAGUUUGGUGCAGAUCGCAAGACCAUCAAUAUCAUAUGUCUCACAUUGCUCUUUAUAAUAAUUGUUAUCCUGUUCACGGCUUUGGUAUGCGGCGUCGGUGGUUAUAGUCGGACUCAUCCUGGACCAAGUGGAUUUUGCAGCAAGGGCAUGGCUGCCUCAUGCCUGCUGAUAGCCAUCAUCCUGAUGUUCUGUGUAUUCUCGUUCAUCGCGAUGGUCGGACUGUUCUACUUCAUGAUUGGACUGGUUACAUACGAGGGCGCCUGUGCACCGACCACACAAGCGGAGAAGAAUGAACUUUUCCGGCAACUGGAUGCCGUCAUCGAUAUGAAUCGUUACCUGAAGCCAGAGACUGAGGGCGACAGGUUUGUGAUGCCGCCGAUGCACAUGUCGGAGGCAGUCAGGUCCUGCCAUGCCAAUGAGUCCAUAUUCCAGCUGCUGCGUGCAAAUAAUAUCUAUGAUGUCAACGACUUGGCCAACGUGAAGUUGCUGCCCGACGAAGCGGAGAGUGUGCCAAUUUUCACCGAGGACUUGUCAAAUCUGGACAUCUUGACGAAAGAAGAGAAGCUCCAAAUAAAUGAGGUGCGCAAUAGCAAUCUCUCGUCCUACCACAGCCUGCUGUACGACUCGAACAUGUGCCUGCGAUUAUUGAACAUCGAUUUAGAGUUCUUGGCCAAUAAUGUCCUGCACGAAUGGGCAACGAAUAAAGCAGUCUUGAAGGAUGAUGGCCGAUCGUUCAGUUAUCUGCACAAAUACAGUGCCCUGGCCUACCACAAGUCAUUUUUCCUCCCCGUGCAACGCGGCAUUAAGAAAGCGUUGAAAGUUGUGAAGGAAAUUGAUUCGAUGAUUCUUUAUCUGAACCACGACUUCAGCAACUCCAUUGGAGUACUGCUCGAGGCUAUAAUCAAGGCGGAGGCGUUUGUCAAAAAGCGAGGCGCCGAGUAUAUCAACAAUCUGGGCCAGAAUCUCACCAGUGCCAUCAACGAACAGGUGGAGGAGUAUCUCGAGAUGGUUAUCACGGAGGCAAACUACAAUGUCGGCCUCUGUCAGCCCCUUGCCUACAUUUACUACGAAGGCGUUUACUUUGUUUGUACCCGUCUGGUGGAUCCAAUUAACGGCUUCUGGUUGGGUAUACUGCUCUGCGCCCUGCUCCUCUUGCCGGCUCUCUUUGUCUGCCAUCGCCUGAUGUGCCUUUACCUCAAAAUCUAUCCCGCCGCUACGGCUGCAGCCGUAGGCCCCAUUGCGGGAGGAUGUCCUAUUUGCACAGGUGCCCCUUAUGUGCCACACGUGCCGCCUAGGUGUGGCCUCGAACACGAUCCAGACUGCCAGUGCGCUCCGUGUAAAGUGAAAGGGAAAGGGCAGAAAAAGGCAAAGCGCGUCAGGAGCAAAGGGGGCGAUGCUCCAGAGGACACGGCACCUACGCAGGGGGGGCCAGUAGCUGAAAUGACUGUGGUAAGCGAGGCACCAGCGCCCAGCAAGCAUAAGAGGGACUAAUCGUCCAGUUGGCAUUCAUUUCACUCCAACUCACUGAUAAUAUACCGAUUUUACAAUGA